AUUUGGAAUCUGCAUCACAUCGAACAUUUUAAUGUAGUAAGUGAACACCUUCUAAAGACCAUGGAGUCCAUUUACUUGGUUUCUGCAUUCUUUUUUGUUUUGAUCAGCGGUAUAGAUGAAAACGGAAAUCGCUCAGACGAACCGCGUUGUUUAAGUGCUUGUGUGUCUUGCAAGCAGGAUAAUCAAACGACUUGCAAAGUGAAGGUCCAAGCUAACGUAAAACCAACCAUCUGUUCGGAAUUUACCGUUUCGAUGUGCUCACACGACACGAGACGGCGGUUGAACGUUUGCGUAAAUUCAAUUUCAGAGUCAUCAAAAAUGGGCCGCCCUCUCUGUGGCUUUGUGUCUUUGGAAGCCAUGAAUGAAUGUGUAGCUUCAGUGGAAAGAUGUGCUCUUUGCAGAACGAAUCUGCUUUGCGCGAACUCAUCCGUCAUGAAUGCCAGCCAGAAUAACGAGCUUCUUACCUGUUACCAGCCCAUCUUGAAAAAAAAUUUAAGUGAAUCUACCUGUCCCGUGUUUGACCAACAUUCGUGUGACUGCAGUAAUAGUCAAUCUGAAGCCACAUCUCCAGGGGAAAUUACCAACUCCACUGCAACGCCCAUGGUCGAUGGACAUCCGAUGACAUCUGAUAGUGUAAGCAUGUUGGCUCCCACAAUCUCAACCUUUUCACGGUCAGAUCGGAGUACACAAUCCACAACAAUUUCAACAAUACAACAAAGAUCGACUACCCCGAUGAAUGCAAGUGCAGAGGUGAUGAAUGCCAAGACAACUCAUAAUGUGGGGAGUACUGCAGCAACCACAGGCAUUCCAGACAGCUUACCAGUGACUACGGUUUUGAUUAUUGGCGCAUUGGUCAUUGCAGUUGGAAUCUUUGUGAUGGCUUGCACUAUUCUGGUCGUGGUGUGUCGACGUCGAAUGCAGGAACGACCCCUCCAUCGAGGCAUAAAUUGGGAAGAUGAAGGAUACAUGGGAGUCUCUGAACGUGGAUCUCCAGUGCACAAGUCAAAGGUCAAGAGUCAUACCAGAGGAGCUGUCUUUACGAACCAGACCUACGAGGAAGAGAUAGCCAUUGGUAUCCGUGGAUUGAGUCACGACGGUCGGAGUUUUGUCCCUGUCACACCACCGCCACCUGCCCCGAUCCGGAAGACUGAAGAUGGAUAUGUGGAGUAUAACUCUAAGAGAGAGAACGUGACUAUAAAUCUAGGUGCAGCGGGCGGUAACAAGCUAAGACGAGAAGACCUCCCGCUGCCACGUGUAUGUGAAGAUGACGAUUACGUGGAACCUUACGAGGAGCUGAGUGAGGUCGACGGAGCAGGAGCUAGAAUCGGUGCUAGCUGGGAUGUUAAGGUUACAUCUAUCAUUCCCGACAAAUCACAGGACGAAUCUACCAGGGAUUAUAUGGAUGUCGACAAACUAACGAGAGUCUCGCCAAUUCCUCCCUCGUCUUUCUGUGGUAAAUCACCUGGUGAAUAUGUCGAUGUCGACAGGCCAGGCACAGCACUGCAACUGAAUUCAAACUCACAGAUCCCCCCUGCCGACAAUCUGGGUUUGGCACCGUCAAUUUUAGUCCCUGGAAAUCUUGCUGAGGCAGAAGAUGUUAAAUCGUUAAGUGAUUGUCUUGAUACCGACACUCCUAAGACGGGAAUCCCAUCGACACCCCUUCCUCCUGAAAUUGGCAGCUCUUUCUCUGAGCAAUUUCCAGGAGGUUCCAGUGGUGACAUUGACCAUAAAGUGGUCAACGACAUUCAAGAUGAGUUACGGAGCACACCACAGACCACAGCAGACGUACACGUCGACUUCCCCUCGUUUCCAACCGUUGUGGAUUCAGAAGGACCAGUGAUGGGUUGCCCCGCUGACUUUGCUGGGGUGGAUUGCGAACUCAAAGCGUUUGAACAACGUUUGAGUGUGGGAGAUCAGAUCCUAAGCGUCGAACCUCAGACCGAUCUGCAAUCAGAUGAGUCACCUUUUUAUUUCACCCUCGAACCGCCCACAUCUGAGUCUUCAGCAGUUGAAGACUGUCUUUGAUCUAAGGUGACCAGUUGUAGUAUCGGCCUUGAACUUCAUGACUGUAGUGGAUACCAAUGAUUCCUGAGUAUCAGCAAAUAUACAGCAAUCAGGCUGUAUCAAGUGUGUAGCACUGCAUGCUGAGCUUUUGACCAGGCGUCAGUAAUGACAAUAACCAACGAGACCUUGAACAACUCUGGAAAACUUUUUACACUAUUUUUGCAGUGCUAGGCGUUACAAAUCGGUCCAGUAUAAUAAACCUUUUCACAACUUAUACGAGUUGAAUAAAUAUUAACGAAUCAGCUAUUUACAUGAUCGCGAAAAAUGUUACCCGUGGACAAUGACAUUUUAUAAAUCCAUCAGCAUCUGUAAUGAAGGCUGAAGCAUGAAAUUUAAGAGUUACACUUGGUUGGAUAUCAGACGCUCCUUGACUCUGAUGUCGUUUUUAAACUCUUAUAUUCAAGAUUUUGGAUGUGAACAGUGAAGCUACCGAUCACACUACGCACGAAGUAAAUUAGAGUGCAAAUUUCUACCUAAAGAUAAAUGCAUAUUACCGAGAAGAAGCAAAAAAUGGCUUAACUUCAGUAGAGUUAGUACUUGAUUAAAAAUAUGCAAGAGAAGGGUUUCCCUACAAUUGCACUUACAUGAGCUAAUGGUGAUUUAACUUACAAUUUAACAUAAAGGCAAUUGUAUUGUAGUACAUGUACAUGUAACUUGAAGGAAUUUAAAAAGAACAAACCAUAUCGUAUGCAUGAAUUUGUACACACUGUUAAAUUAGUCAUCAUUACUGGAUUUCUUGUUGAGUAACCCUAAAAUUGGGCAAUUAGUUUAGAACAUUACUGCUCAGAGUAACUAAUGCAGCGGUAUGGCGGGGGGGGGGCG